AUUUUUUUUUCUUAAAUUCUAUGGAAAACUCCAUUUUAAAGCAAGAAGAAGAAAACCAAGAGCCUGGAGAAGCAGAGAAGCCAUGGGAAGGAGCAGCAGCAGCUUCUCCCCUGGAUCCUGGUCCCCUGUCACCUGAGUACCUGGAAAAGGAGCAAAGGUCAGACACUGAAACACAAGGCACAAUGAGCCCCUCUUGGGGCCGCCAAACUAGAGCCAGCCUGUCUCUGGGAGACCUCAUGGGACCAGGAGUGCCAUUCUCCCCUCCUCUGCUUCCGCUGGAGCGUCACUUCAGUCCUCCCCCCACUGCAUCUACCCAGGACCCUGUGGCUUUAUCACAGGCAAAGAAGAACCCCGGUGGGAUUCCUGGCACUGCAACACCACCUCAUUCUGAUCCUUGGGAACCAUAUUCUGCUGCAAGACAAUUUUCUUCUUACUAUACAAGCCAAACAGAGGAAUGCACCUCUGCACCCGCUCAGCCACCCCAGUUUGACUUGUGUAGGCCAGGGGAUGCCAGCCAUAACAAGCCCAAGCCCAAAGGGCUGAGAUUCAACCUUUUACAGGAAGAAGACUCAAACAGUAACUGUGAUACAGACCAACCUGAGUUUGAAGCUAAUGAAGCAGCUCCCAGUAUGCUUGAGGUGGCUAUUCAAAAUGCAAAGGCAUACCUACUGAGCACCAGCAGCAAGUCUGGUUUAAAUCUAUAUGAUCAUCUUUCUAAUGUGUUGACCAUGAUAUUAGAGGAGCGUCCUGCAGAUGCUGUUGACAUCAUUGAAAAUAUAAGCAAAGAUGUGAAGAUGUCAAAUUUUAAUAAAAAGUUAGAUACACUCCACAAUGAAAAUGAGAUGCUUCCAGAAUAUGAAAUAGCAGAGAAGCAAAAGGCUCUUUUUCUCCAGGGACCAUUGGAAGGAGCUGAUCCAGAACUGGAGGAGGAAAUUGCAGAAAGCUCUCUGCCCAAUGUGAUGGAGUCAGCGUACUAUUUUGAACAAGCUGGAGUUGGUUUGGGGACAGAUGAGACUUAUCGGGUGUUUCUUGCCCUCAAGCAACUUACUGAAACACACCCAAUCCAAAGAUGCCGCUUCUGGGGCAAGAUCUUGGGUCUGGAAAUGAAUUAUAUCAUUGCUGAAGUAGAAUUACGUGAAGGGGAAGAUGAAGAGGAGGUGGAAGAGGAAGGUGUAGCUGAAGAAAGGGACGAUGUAGAAAGUGAAGCUGGGGAAGGCGAGGAGGACGAAUUACCUAAGUCCUUGUAUAAGGGCCCACAGGCGAUACCCAAGGAAGAAAACAGAACGGGUACAAACAAGUACAUCUAUUUUGUUUGCAACGAGCCUGGAAGGCCAUGGGUGAAGUUACCAUCAGUGACGCCUGCUCAAAUUGUUACCGCAAGAAAAAUCAAGAAAUUUUUCACUGGACGACUAGAUGCAGCCAUCAUAAGCUACCCACCCUUCCCAGGAAAUGAAAGCAAUUACUUAAGAGCACAAAUUGCCCGCAUUUCAGCAGGGACCCAUGUCAGUCCUCUAGGAUUCUAUCAGUUUGGUGAAGAGGAAGGAGAAGAAGAAGAAGAAGAAGAAGAGGUGGAAGGUGGCCGGGACAGCUAUGAGGAAAACCCCGAUUUUGAAGGCAUCCAAGUGACUGACCUGGUGGAAUCUCUAUCCAAUUGGGUUCACCAUGUGCAGUACAUUCUUCCUCAGGGUCGCUGUACUUGGUUCAAUCCUAUACAAAAGAAUGAGGAAGAGGAAGAAGAAGAAGAUGAAGAAAAAGAAGACAAAGGAGAAGAGCCUGACUACAUAGAACAGGAAGUGGGGCCUCCUCUUUUGACACCAAUCUCUGAAGAUUUAGAUAUUCAGAAUAUACCCUCUUGGACAACACGGCUGUCCUCAAAUCUCAUUCCACAGUAUGCUAUUGCUGUCCUUAGAUCCAAUCUUUGGCCUGGAGCAUAUGCCUUUUCCAAUGGCAAAAUGUCUAGCAGACUCUUUGAUGAAGCAGGAACCCCGAAGAAUCAUUUCACCUUUACACAAGUUCAGCAAUCAUUUUUCUGUCGUCCUGCAGGUCUAGCUCAUACAGCAUAGUAUCAAGCAGUCCAGGUAAGAGCUGUUUCUUAAGGAGCCUCUUUGGUGCCCGUCAUCCUCUUGAAGUAGCUUGGUGCUGCCAGCAACAGAUGUAUCUCAUUGUCAUGAAAAGUCCUAAGUUUUUAAAAUGUUUAAAUGCCAUAUUCUGUUAGUCCUUGAAAGAUUUGAAUAAUACCUAUUUAACUGAAAUAUAUAUCUAUGUCUAGAAAAUCUCACUAACAUGACUUACAAGCUUGACUAUUAUAGAUGACUAUCUAUUAACCUAUAUUUCUUAAUUAUACAUUACAUCUUUAAAUGAACUGCAUAAACACAGUACCUUAAUCAAGAGCAGAAAUACAUAUAUACAGUAUAACAAAAUUGACCUUAAAUUUGUAUCAAUAAACCGAGAUCCAUACCAAUGCAAAGUAUUCAUGUCUAUAUCCUAUCCCACUUUUGUGGGACAAAUGUCUAUAUUCUGUCAAUUAUAUUUUAAAUAAAUGAUUGGCCAGUAGCCAGGCAAGAAGUAUAGGUGGGACAACCAGACAGAAAGUUGAGGCAGGUCAAAGAACAGGAUUUUGGGAAGAGGAAACCCCAUUCUCUCGGCAGUCGUAACCUAGCCACAGAAGAAGCAAGAUGUGACUGCCUCACUAAAAAAGGUACUGAGCCAUGAGGCUAACGUAGACAAGAAUAAUGGACUAAUAUAAGUUAAAAAGUUAAUAAGAAGCCUGAGCUAAUGGGACAAUCAGUUUAUAAUUAAUGUAGACCUUUGUGUGGUUUCUUUGGGACUUAACAACUAUGGAAACUGGGCAGGACAGAAGCCCCAACAACAAAUGGCACCCAACGUGGGGCCAGGUGCGACAGAAACUCAGUCAACAAAUGGUGCCCAACGUGUGGACUACACCACAUAAAGCCUGGGAGAGGUUGGAAAGUGAUUCUAGACAAAAAAGAAUAAAGCAUGGCUUCUUGGUAGCAGCAAUUUCUUGGGUCCACUCUGCUUGUUAGACACAAGCAAGCCCUCUCAUUUAAGAGAGGCUUCCUAACUCAGCUUUAGCUGCAAAACUUUGCAGCUCUUUUAAGAGGCCAUGCCAUGAAACACUUAAACAGAACUGAUGAAAAGCUGACCACAUGCAUUUUAGUUUUUAGUCAUAGCAGGAAAAAAGCCGUGCUGUUUUAAAACGCCAGCUUUCAGGACUGUCCUGACAGUGCAAACUCUAACUCUUUCAGGCAGGAGGUCCAGCUACAGAGCAUUUAAGUGUGGUUUGUGAGCACUCAGUUGCAACUUGCUUGCUGGCAAGAACCUUGAAACACCAUAGAGUUGUGGCAAUAAACAUGGCUCCAGCCAGUACCUUACCAUGAGGCCGGAUUCUCAGAAAGCUAAGGAAUGGGCUUGAUCCAGCCGUCAAGGCCAUCGCUUUAAUCUUCUACAUAUUGCUUAGCAAAUUAAAGAAUUACGUGUCAGAAAAAGAGGUAUACAGUAAAGAGAGUCUCAAAUAAGAAGAAAACCUCUAAAUGUUUUACAAUGUAUUAAAAAUAUAUGCAGGCUUGGGAGUGAAAAGAAAAAGGUUAAAGUCCUUUUAAAAACAGAGAGUAGUUGGGUAUGGUGGCACACACCUUUAAUCCCAACACUUGGGAGACAGAGGCAGAUAGACCUCUGUAAGCUCAAGUUGUGGCGGCAUACACUUUUAAACCCAGCACUUGGGAGGCAGAGGCAGGCAGACCUCUGUGAGUUCACAGCUUGGUCUACAGAGGGAGUUUCAGGACAGCCAAAGAUACACAGACAACCUGUCUUGAAAAGCAAAAAAUCAAAAAAUAAAAACAAAACAAAUAGAAUUUAAAAUAAAGCCAAGUAAAGAUGAAAAAUACACAGAGAGUCUGGAUACUGUAUGUUAUAUACUCUUUGAACUGUUUAAAUGCUGAGGAAGGAGCAAGAGCUGCUAAAAGAUAUUUAUAAAC